UAAUUCUUUGUUUUAUAGACAAUCCACAUCCAUAAGCCCUUCUGUAUUGCCAUCACGUAUCUGCAGCAGAAAAGCGUUGAGUGAGGUAACCGUGCUGCUCUGACGUCAUUUACAACUCUCUCUCUCCCCGCGCCGCAUCAUCAUCAUCAGUCUCAGUGCGCGCUUGUGAUGGUGAUGUUGAUGAUGCUUCGAAUGUUAUUUAUUUCGUUCUUUGUCGUUCGUUUCCCGCCAUUGAUAAUUAACUGACUGACUGACUGAUGUGGAGCAAUAAAACCCGCUGAAAUCAGACGCUGGAAAUACUGGCGAUUCACGUGAACAGUCGCUGAAAGAGAAACAGCAUGAUGGGUUUACAUGAGUUCAUAUGGAUGACAAGUGUACUGAUGGCGCAGGACCGUCUUUAACCUGUUUGCGAGGGCUUUUUUGAUCGUGACAGGACGUGAAGAUGGCGACGGGCACGGGCUGGCAGCCGCCGUACAGCGCUGCUCCGGGCAUCAGUCCUCCCGCCGCCGCCGCCGCUUCUUCAGCUUCUGGAUCGGGCAGCAGUCCAUCCUCCACGUCCAGCCAUUUACUCUACGAAUCUGCCCUGACCAUGGAGUACACUCAAGAUCUGCACCUAAAGAUGAGCAAAAAAAUAGCACAACUCACUAAGGUGAUUUACGCCCUCAACACCAAAAACGACGAGCACGAAGACGCCAUCCAGUCUCUCAAAGAGGCCCACGAUGAGGAGGUGCAGCACAUCCUCACAGAGACUCGGGAGAAGAUCCUGCACUACAAGAGCAAGAUCGGAGACGAGGCCGACAUGAAGCGGCGUCUGCAGUCCCUGGAGGAGUCAGUGGAGCUCCACGAACACAUGAAACGCCAAGCUCUGGCCGAGUUCGAGAUGUACCGCCAGCGCAUGGAGGACACACAGCUGUGCACCGAAGCCCAGCACACUCAACGCGUGGUCUCCAUGUCACGGGAAGUCGAGGAAAUGCGACACGAAUUUGAAGAGAAGCUGCGCACUUUCAGCCAGGUCCAAGCUCAGUUUGAGCAGGAGAAACGGCGGGCGUUAGAUGACCUCAAAUCGGCCCAUCGCCAAGAAGUUGAAGAUCUGUUGGAGAGCCAGCAGAACCAGAGUGCAUCCUCCAGCCUGGAGCAGGAGAAAUUGGCCGAACUUCACCGCACAGAGCUGGAGUCUCUGAUGGAGCGCGUGGAGGAGCUGAUGCAGGAUAAAGUGCGGCUCGCCGAGGAAUAUGAAGCCAAGCUGAGUAAAGCGCAAGGGUUUUACGAACGCGAGCUGGAGGCCAUGAGGCGCACGCAGCAGCUUACCACCGAAAACCUGCUAGCCUGGAAGAGGACGGAGGUGGAGCUGAGGAAGGACUUUCAGGUGCAGGAGGCGGCGCUGCAGAGGACUCUGUGUAAACUGCGAUCUGAACUGCACAGAGCUCAAGAGGAGGCCAGAGAGAGCAGAGACAAGACCAACCGGCUGCAGGCCUCGCUCAAUAAUGCUGAAGUCACAAUUAAGGAGUUACACAAGCAGCUGGAAGAGGCCAUACAGGAUGGAGAGAUUUGGGUGAUGCAGCUGAAAGAUACUGAAUAUGAGCUGGAGGGAAGCAGAGAUCGAGUUCAGCAGCAGGCCAAUGAAAUCCUUCACAAAGCCAGUCAGAUUGGAUCGCUUCAAGCCACCCAAAUGAGCCACGAGGCCACGAUCAGGGAUUUGGGAUCUGAGCAGAACCGGCUGAAGGAGAAGAUCCUGCAGCUGGAGGAGGAGAGAGAGAGGCUGCAGAAACAGAUGCAGACGCUGGAAGAGCAGCAGCACCAGAAGAUCCUCAACCUGGAGAAGUCGCUCCGUGAGGAAAAGCAGAACUAUGAGAUGGAGCUGGCGCGAAUCAGGGCCAAAUACGAGGAGGAAACGUCCUGUCUGAAAGAAAGCCAGGCUGAAUCCAUAGAAGAGCUCAAGGAGAAACACCGAGUCCAGCAGGAAAGUGUUCGCAAUGCUGCAGAGAGAGAGAAGAACCAGCUGCUCAGUGAGAUGAGACAACAGUUUGAUAUCCGCCGUCUGUCACUGGAGGAGCAGAGAAACCAUUUACAGCAGCAGCUGGAGACCAUACGAGAGGAGCUCACCACCAAACUCAACAUGGCCAACCAAGAGGUGUCUCAUUUGAAGAAUCUUGUGAAGGAGAGUGAAGAAAAUCUGGAUGCUGCUGAGAGCCACAUCUCCUGUCUUAAAGACAGCCAAGAGAAGCUUCUCAUCGAACUGGACGUCACCAGGGCGAGAGUGAGGGAGACAAGCAAUCUGCUCACAGAUCUACAAGAGGAGAUCGAGACCCAGAAACAGCAGCAUGAAGCCAGAGCCAUCGCUAUCAAAACAGAGGAGAAGCAAAAAAUGGACAAAAUCACAGAGGAGCUGGAUCUCAAGUGGACCGACGCUCUGAGGGCUGAGCUAAAGGGUCUUCGGGAGGAGCUUACGGCUGAACAUCAGGCUGAGAAACAGGUGGCGCUGACACAACUUUCCCAGCAGAGAGACCUGGAGAUGAUGGCGGCCAGAGAGAGCUGGCAGAGGAAGGUGGAGGAUCUUCUGGAGCAGAUCUCGCUGCUGAAACAGAGUCUGGAGCUGCAGAUGUCGCAAUCGAAGAGCGCGCUGCAGCAGCUACAGGCGCAGUUCAGUCAGGAGCGCGAACACCUGGCGCAGCAGCUGCAGGAGGUGGCGCUGGAGCAGCAGCACAGAGAGCACCGUCUGCAGGAUGCACACUGCUGUGCCAUGCAGGACAUGGAGGACGCACAGCAGAUGGAGCUCUCGGAGCUGGAGGAUCGUCUGAAACAGGAACAGAGGGAAGAGUUGCACGCUUUGAGAGAAGCCCACAGACAGACUCUGGAUAUCCUCCAGCAGCAGUCGGACCAAGAGCUGCAGACACUGCGCUUUGAGCUGGAAGAUGAAGGCAAAGCCAUGCUGGCUUCUCUGCGGUCGGAGCUCAAUCAUCUCCACGCCACUGCCAUUGAACACCUCAGACAAGUCCACUUGAAGGAGAACAAUGCUGCCAAACGAGAGCUGGAUGACACCAUUGAUCGCUGUAAAGAACAUGAGCAGGAUCUUUUGGGUCGUAUCUCUGACCUGAGGCAAGAGGUGAGCUGCAGGAAGAACCGCAUCGCCGAUCUGGACCAUGAAAUCCACUCGCUCAAUGAGACCAUCAACACACUGACCAAGGAGCUGGAGCUCAAAGGGAAAGAAGUUCUGCGGGUGCGCAGUGAGGCCAACCUGCAGAUCAGGGCUCGUGAACAGGAUCUUUCCAAGCGCCUCGAGAGGGAGAUUGACGAGCUGAACGCUUCACAUAACAGAGAGACCCAGAUCAUGCUGUCAGAUUUUAACAAAGCUCAGGAGCUGCUAAAAGACAAGAUCUCAGCUCUGCAGAUUCUGUUGGAAGGUACGGAGGAGAAGUUCAGGAAUAGAGAAAGCCGGCCAGAGGACCUCCAGGUGAUUGCAGAUCUCAGAGAAAUGGUGUCAGAGAGAGAAACCUUGGUCAAGAAGCUUGUGGAUGACAAGAAGUUUUAUCAACUGGAGCUGGUGAAUCGAGAACCUGGCUUCAACAAGGUGUUCAACACCAAUCCCAAUGUCGGGGUCAUAAACCCCCUUAUAAAGCAUAAGAGUAGAAAGCCUGCGAAAAGUUUCGCCAGCUCUCCGAACCUAAGCGUUGUUGCGGCCGAAGGGAUGUCGGGCAGCUCCAUUCCGCCUGCUUGCCUAGAGUCUGUCCCCAACUCCCCCAUUCACCACCAUCAGCUCAGGUCUAACAAACCUCCGUCCCCGCAAACCCCUCCGCCUCAGGCCGACUCCACCCGGAGGUGAGAUUGUCCAAGACAUCCUGAGACAUGCUUAAACCACAGAACUGUCUUGCCAUUGGUCGGAUCACACCGUCUCAGUCCUGGUUGAAAAGCAGUCAGUCUGUCUGUUGAUUGGACGUUUUAUUCAAGAACACGACCAUGUGUGUCCAGAAUGAAUUGUGGGUAUGCUCGUCUCGCACUUGAAUGCAUCUUGCAGGUGAACGCCACACAUAAUACUGUUUGUAUUUCAUGCUACUUUAAUAUGCAUGACAAACUGUACGUACUGUACCAGUGUCUUUAUUGUGUAGAGUCUAACAAGAAUACAAUCACAAAUUGGACUGAAGGUUCACGCAAACUGUGUGAUUACACAAUGGCAUUGGAAUGCCAACGCGAGCAUGCAUCACAUGUCAUCAGUCACGAGUUUGGCUCCGCCCAUUAACCAGACUCCGCCCUUUCACAUUUCAUGCAUUUAUUGUUUUGUGGCUUUAUUCAAAAGACGAGUGCUAUUCCUGGUAUUUCUUUCUUCUAAGUUCCAAGAUGCACAGUUCUGAGAUGGGAGAUAAUAUUAGACGCUUUCUGGAAGAGCGGCAUAUUUUAUUUAUAAUUUAAAAGGAAAUAGUUCCGCAUGGGGCCUGGGAUUCAUUUGGUGCUUGAACAAGGAGAGUAGCUGCCUAUUGGUCAAGAGACACUGCAGUAGAUGCACAUGUCAAUUUUUAGGAUGUCUGUUGACUUGAUGUACUGUAGUAAUGACUAGCAUAGAGAAAUAACAUACAGUGGCCACAAAAAGUAUUUAGACACAUAUGAAUUGCAUGUGCAACUCUGUCUGGGAUUCAAAAUGUCAAAUGUAAAUGUCAAAAUAUCUUGUAUGUUAAAAGGUGUAUGUGUAUACUAAUACUUACAGAAAAUGUUAAGGUGAUUUAAAAAAAAAGCAAAGUAUUGAUUUGUUAAAAAAAAGAUGUUCACAAUUGCAUUAAAAGCCUUGGUGAAACAGGUAAUUAGGGUUGAGUUUUCAACACUUGAGCUGCGUCCGAAAUCGCAUACUUCCAUACUAUAGUAUGCUGAACACAGUAUGCAAGCUGAGUAGUGUGUCCAGAUUCAUAGAAUUCGAAAAACAAUAUGUGCGUCCCAAAUCGCAUACUAAUGCACUAUUCUACGCCAUUUUGUAGUAAAAAUAGUGUAAGUUGUGCGUUCACACUGAAAACUCUAAAAAUAAUACGUGCACUUUAAUUACCCGGAAGAUGCACUCAUUCAGCCAGUAAAAUGAAGUGUGUAAUGAUGGACACUUCACACACUGAACGACCGCAGCUUUGCCCACGUAGCGGAAUUUGCGGAGCUAUCGGACCGUGCUUGUUGGAUAACUUUAUUUAUUUUGGAUGGUGAAAGCAAAAUUCUCCUACGAGAGUGAUUAUAGCGCCUCCCGUUGGUGAAUGCGGUUAAACUCAUGGCAGGUAUUAUUUGAUAGUUUGGUGAUUUAUUUCACUGAUUUGGCAACCGUCAAACGUCAUCAGGGAAACGGUUUGAAUUUCUGUUUAGUAAAAAAACAUUAGUGUUCCAUUUGGGAUGACACUACACACAUAUACUAUGCUAUUGAGUGUGUAAGUACAUAGUGCAUGAGUGCAUAGUAUCUUCUGAGGUGCAAAUAAUUGAUUGAAUAAGGAAAAGAUUGACACAGCUUCUCCUACCGCAGCAAAUUCAGUCUUUACUGUUGAUAUUUGGCGCCAGAUAAUCAGAAAGUGACAGUUUUGUUAGUUUUGACUCGUUGGAUGGAAACACGGCUUUAUUCGCACGUCUUUUAUGCAAUAAUCCGGAUAAUUGUUUUGCACAGAAAUUUAAUUCACAUUUUUGGAUGGAAACAUAGCUAUUGAAGAAAGAAAUGUGUUUUUGAACAUGAAAACGUUCAACCAUUAUUGUCUAGUAAACUCCAAUAAACAAAAUAACGACCUCUUGGAGUAUUGCAUCUUUUAUUCAUCUUUGGUGGUGCCUUAUGUAGAUAAGUAAAGAAUAUUUUCAGAUUCUUGUGGAAAGGUCCAUUCAGUUCACUUUCAUUUGAAAUAAGCCUUCAAGAAGCUUCUCCUUCCCACAGAGCACAAAAAAGUGAUCUAAAGUCUGAAUCUUAAACAGUAUGCUUUAUUAUUUAAACCCUGCUUUGUCAAAAUUUUGUGAAAUUUGUACUUGCAUUGUCUUUAUUUCAUUCGAAGGCCAAUUUUAAUCUACUGCAAUGACAUUCAAAGUGCAGCUUAAGUGUCCACAUACUUUUUGAGGCCACUACACAAAAGUAUAGCUAUUAUUAGAUAGUAUGGCCAUGCAGCGAAUUAGCAUCUCAAUGUGAAUGUUUGAUUAGGAUGUUAAAAUUCACUCCUCUGAUGUAACUGGUUGUGUUUGACUU